GAGUUCGUGGUUGAUUUGGUGUGCUUACCCUUGCACCAAAUUGAUAUUAUUCUGGGAAUGAAUUGGCUAGGAUUCUAUGGCGUGUUCAUCGACUGCUAUAGGAAGACGGUGCGGUUCUCUGAAGUUGGUGAGAAUGAUGAGGCAAGAUUUCUAUCUGCUAGGCAGAUAGGGGAUUUUGUGAAAGAUGAAGCUCAGGUAUUCGCUUUAUUUGCGUCUCUACAAGCGGAUAAGAAAGUAGUGAGUGUAGAUUUGCCUGUUGUCUGUGAAUUUCAGGAUGUGUUUCCGGAGGAUGUAAGUGAUUUACCUCCAGAACGUGAAGUCGAAUUUGCCAUUGACUUAGUACCAGGUACGAGUCCAGUGUCGAUGUCUCCUUAUAGAAUGUCGGCAACUGAAUUAGUUGAACUGAAGAAGCAACUUGAAGAAUUGCUUGAGAAGAAGUUUGUGCGUCCAAGUGUUUCUCCUUGGGGUGCACCAGUAUUGUUAGUGAAGAAGAAAGAAGGUACGAUGAGGUUGUGUGUCGAUUAUCGGCAGUUGAAUAAGGUGACUAUCAAGAAUCGGUAUCCAUUGCCGAGGAUUGAUGAUUUGAUGGACCAGUUGGUUGGAGCCCAUGUUUUCAGUAAGAUUGAUUUGCGAUCGGGUUAUCAUCAGAUCCGAGUGAAGUCAGAUGAUAUUGCGAAGACUGCUUUCCGUACGAGGUAUGGUCAUUAUGAAUACACUGUGAUGCCGUUCGGUGUAUCUAAUGCUCCAGGUGUGUUUAUGGAAUAUAUGAAUCGUAUAUUCCAUCCGUACCUUGAUGAUUUUGUUGUGGUGUUCAUAGAUGAUAUAUUGAUAUAUUCUAAGACGGAAGAAGAGCAUGCAGGACAUCUGAGAAUUGUUUUGCAGGUGUUAAGAGAAAAGAAAUUAUAUGCAAAGUUAUCUAAAUGUGAGUUCUGGUUGAAGGAAGUGAGUUUCCUUGGCCAUGUGAUUUCGAGAUUUAGGAAUCUGGAAAUCACGAACGUGUUUGCUGAACGAGUUUCUCCAGCAUUAAGAAAGAUCCUGGUGGACGAUGCCUUUCUCAUUCCUCUUUUUGGAAUGGGGAGAAGGGGAAUUUUGGACCCAAGGGCAAUGAUAUUCUGUUAUAACUUGGAGUUGUUAAAUGUUGUUUUGAUGUUUGACCUUGGUGUAACUGCUGAAAAGGAUGGAAAGACGAUAGAAGCUAGAAAGUUCCAUGCCAGAUCGAUAAAGGCGUCAGAAUUUGGCGAGAAGAUGCAGUUGGAGAGGUCACAAAAACCGAACCACCUACUUCAAGGGGAUGAUGAGGAUCUCUUGAUCAUAUCGACUAACAUAAAUGCUUUUGGAAGAGCAAUGGAGGAGAGCAGAGGAAUUCGACCUGGAAUUUUGUUAGAAUCAUCAAACGAUUCCUAUAGACCGUGUCAUUAUUUCGACGUGGAACAAGAAAUUGGUGAUAUGUUGAUGAAUUCCGUUGUGGAAUCUCUCAUAUACAUUGUUGAAAGUCUCUGGUAG